AUAUAUUUAUGUGUAAAUAUUGUUUGUUCUCUUUCUUGUAGAUUUAAAGUGUAUUUUGUCUUGUAAAAACUACACUACCCAUCAACCCAGUGGGGGAAAUGACCGCGAUGGUUUGUGGGUAAGCAGGAAGAAAACAAAGACACGUUGAGGAUGGAUCAUGUGCAGCUGAAUCCGGCUGCACACAUGGAAACAUUCAAUAAUUCGGAAGUUUUGCGGAACUUUCAGGUUUCUUUUUUCGCCAUGAGUCGCCUGGUGACAUUUCCGUGGACGUUUCUAGAAAACGAACUUGAGAGCAACAAAUCCUCAGACUUGAUUUCUGACAUUUUAAAACAGACGUGUCUUCACCCUCUGUGCCGGGAGUUUCCUCCAUCAGUGAGAUUCAGGAGGUUGUUCCUGUCUGAGCUCAUUAAACGGCAGGAGGCAGCAGGCUGCGACCCUCUGGACGAGCUGUACGACGCUCUGGCUGAGGUGGUUGGAGCCGCAGACACGACUGAGUGCUACAAGAGCUACAUACUGCCCGGUGGUGAUGCUGUCAGCCUGUUGGAGAACGUAGCUCAGAUCUCAGAGGGGACGACCGGCCUGGUGACCUGGGAGGCUGCUCUCUACCUGGCAGAGUGGGCUCUGGACCACCGGCACACCUUCACCGGCAGGACGGUUCUGGAGCUCGGCAGCGGUGUCGGGCUGACCGGCGUCACGAUCUGUCGCUCCUGCAGACUGAACAGAUUUGUCUUCAGUGACUGUCACCCCAGCGUCCUGCAGAAACUCAGAAACAACAUCCAGCUGAACGGUCUGACGGACCAGACGUCUCCUGCGGUCAGCGUGGAGGAGAUGGACUGGACGGCUGCAACAGAGGAACAGUUAAAGAGGAUCGGGGCUGACACCAUCAUCGCUGCAGAUGUGGUGUACGACCCCGACAUCGUAGGAAGUCUGGUGAAGCUUCUGUCCCGGAUCCUGAAGUCUGCUCAAGUCCUCCCUGAGGUCCUCAUCUGCUCCACCAUCAGGAACCAGGAGACCUACAGCGGCUUCAAGCAGCAGCUCGAGAAAGCAGGAAUCAGCCAUCGAGUGAUCACGGGACCCGUCAGCCACGUGUUUCCAUACAGCAGAGGCUCCGCCAUCGAAAUGAUUGAGCUGUACACGUGACACAGCUGGAGAACAAUAAAGAUUUUAUUUACAAAUGUA